AUGAGUUUGCAUGGACUCGGAGUGAUUGGGGCCCAGGUGGCCGCAUCGAUCAAGAGUCACGACGAGAAACCUACCUCACCUCAUAUCAAUUCACCCCGCUGUUCUAUCACCUCAUCACCUACCAUUUCCAUCACCGAGAGAGGCCACCAGGAGUUUGAUCCUUCGAUCGGUGCCAAGCCCUGCUCUCCUUUCUAUCGCCAUGGAAGUCCUACGAUCUCUUACGAGCAGCUCACCUUCGAGAGCAAGAACAACAACCGGAAUCAUAGCCACCUACGGGAUCUCGAGAACGCCGGUCCGUACGCGGCCUCCCGUACCGACAGUCCCCGCCGAUCUAAGCUGUGGGAGGAGGAGAACAAACCUCGGACCUGGUUGCAAUCCUUGAGUAACAAACAAAAAAUGGCACUCAAGGCGGUGAUCGCCGUUGUGACAGUUGGGACUAUGAUUGCGAUUGCAUUGGGAAUCACUGCCGCUGUGGGAGGAGCAGCCUGGAAAUCGAGUGCCGAGAAGACAGCCAUGGGAGGCUAG